GCCCAAAUUUGAUGUUAAACCCAAAGCACCCCUUGAAACCCUUCCACCCGAUACCUUGUUCGUCCUCAACCUCCAUGGAGCAAAACCUUCUCUCCAGUUUCACCCAAACCCUGAAAAACCACUCAAAACCCUCUCUAAAACCCUUGUGCAUAGCCAGAUCUCUAAUCACAAACCCCUCAACCACCAAUCAAACCAUCUCCUCCAUCAUCCAAACCCUAACAUCCAACCCCCAUCUCCCCCUCCACCAUCUCACCACUCUCCUCUCCCAAAUCUCCCUCACCCACCCCCAUUUCUCCCCCACCAUCACCACCCUCCUCCACUCCCUCCUCACCCGCCCCGCCGCCGUUCCCCCACGCGCCGCCACACUCGCGCUCUCCACACUUGUUUCUUUACCUCCGGCGUCGGAUUAUUCCGAUAUGGUUACGGCGGAGGGACUGUUUUUGUCGUUAUGCUUUGGUUCGUCGGUGCCGGUGAGGCACAGGCUGUUACUGGAUGCGGAGAGAUAUGACGUCAGGCCGUCGAUUCUGCUGACGGUGUUUUUAGGGUUUGCGCAGGAUCCGUAUCCGAAUGUGAGGAGAGAUGCGUUGGAUGGUUUGAUUGGUUUAUGUAAUCGAAUUGUUGUUGAAGAUCGAGGGAUGAUUGAAGGAUGUUAUUUACGUGGUGUUGAAUUGUUUGCUGAUACGGAUGACUGUGUUAGAUGUUCAUCUGUUCGUAUGGUAAGCGAAUGGGGGAAACUUCUUGUGGCAAAUAGUGAUGAUAAAAGCAAAAGAGACUUGUCAGAUGCAUUGUAUGUACAGCUCUGUUCAAUGGUGAGGGACAUGAGUAUGAACGUCAGAGUAGAAGCGUUUAAUGCGCUGGGGAAAGCAGGAAUGGCGUCCCAGUAUCUUCUUAUGCAAACUCUCUCUAAGAAAGUCUUAGAUGAAGUUAAAUAUCCUGGUCAACUCUCAGGAAAACUUUUCCGUUCACGAGCAUUAAGUGCUGCUGGAGCUUUUUUACAUGGGUUGGAGGAUGAGUUUUAUCAGGUAAGGAGUUCUGCAUGCUAUUCUUUGAGGAUGCCUGCCAUUGUUUCCGCUGAUUUAGCUGAAAAAGUUGUAGGUUUAUUGAUGGAUGUGUUGAAUGAUGAUUCAACUGUCGUUCGAUUGCAAGCUCUGGAAACCAUGCAUCACAUAGCAGUUUUUGGCAACCUAAAAGUGCAAGAAAUGCACAUGCACAUGUUUCUUGGAACUCUAGUUGACAUGAACUCACCGGUAAGAUUUACAUCAAGAAAAGUUCUUCGGUUAACCAAGUUUGAUAACAUGCCUAUGUUUAAAUUAGCCGUUGACAGCCUAAUACACAGUCUCAAAAUUUAUCCACACGAUGAACCGGAUGUUCUCUCUGUCGUAUUUGAAAUUGGUCGAAAUCACAGAAGUUUUGCGGUCAGCAUCACUGAGGAAACCUUUUUAGAGAUGGAACCUUCUACCGCAAGCAAUUGGGACUUCGACAGCUCAAAAACCGCUGCAAUGCUCACAUUAGCCAUCUCUGCUCCACUCUCCCAUGAAAAGCAGCAGCAUUCGAACAUCAUACCGCCAGCAAUAUUUUCUUACGCGGUUACAAUGCUCGGAAGAAUUUCUAAUGGAUUGACGGAAGUAAUGGACCAGGCGACACUAUUGUCUUAUUUGUCACAUUGUAGUACAUCUACUGGACCCCACCCUGUAGAGGUCAAAGAUGACUUGACAAUGGAGAACUGUCGAAUAUCGGUUUCUCAUGCGGUUGACCCGCUUCAACCACAUGAUGAAGAGUAUAAAGUUGUAAAGCUUGUUCUUUCUAAUAUUGCGGAAAUAUGGCAGCCUAUGUUAAAGCUCGGAUGCACAAGUGAAUUGCUUGCGGCUCUGAGGUGUUGGAAGGAAGAGCUAACAACCCAUAUUACGGAUUCACGUCAAUCCUCCUCUGUUUUAACGUUCACUUUACAAUAUCUUCAUGUCGUGAAACUACUUUCCAAAGCAUGGUGGCACGUUAUGCGCCCGUCUGACGAGGCCGGUGAAUUGGGAUAUAUUUUACAAAAAUUAGAGACAAAGCUCAGAGGUUUAAGAUAUCGGUUUAUCGGGUUGAGUAAAGAAGAUGAGUUGCACAUUGAGGAGUUGACACUCGUCGUCAGUACACUCAGAUUAUCAACUUAUGAUCCCCGAAUUCGUGAGCCUGCUCUGAAGAAACUGCUAAAUUACAAAGAAGCAUCAACGGAACCUUCUAGAUUCUUAACCGAACUAAAGAAUACACUGCAAAAAGACGAGAGUGACAUAUAUCGUUUCCACAAACCACUCGAGUUAUUCACGUUAAAGAAACUUGUAUUAUCUCGAGACUUGAGACACACGAGGGCGGAAGUGGAAAUCCAGGACAAUGAUUGGCUAAAACCCUUUCCUUUUGUGGCGGGACUACCCGUUGGAAUACCGUUGAAUAUAAAGCUACAUAACACACCGCUUGAGAGUAAGUUGUGGUUGAAGAUGUCAUGUUCGAAAGACGCUGUUGAUUAUGUGUUCAUUGAUUUGAAACAGUUUGAAGGUAGUGAUGAGAUAAGAGAGUAUAGAUUUAUAGCCCCUUUCUAUAAGACCCCAAAAGUUAAUUCUUUUAUGUUAUUGUUAUGUAUAGGCAUGGAAUGUGAGGAUGUUACUUGUUGUAGAGGUCAUGGCUGUGGUGGGCCAAAUCAUGAGCUUGUCUACCUUUGCAAGGAAAAACAAGUGUUCUUUUCUAUGGUUAAUAAAUAGUAUUAAGUUAUAGUCCA